AUGUUGCCGUCCCUUCUCUCCGAAGACUACCAACACUUCUCAGAUCAGAAGGUUCUUUGCAAAACCCCAUGCCCUUUUCCAGACCGAACAUCCUAUCUCAAGAUUAUCAAUAUGGACAAGAACCCCCGUGAGACUUACAGCCACUCUUCUGUGUAUCGAAACCAUUCCUCUUCUCAAAAGUCUGUUGAAGAGGACAACUGGGAGUCGCGUUCCGAGCCUUUCAGUCCGACGGGUUUGCUCGGGGAAAGAUAUGAUCUACUUAAACAAGAAAUCGAGGCCAGAUCACAGAUACCCAAUCAAAACAACAGUCCAUUCACAAGAGGUCUUUUGGGAUCUCUCGCAGAAUCUGAGAGUAGAGGAUACCGCCCUUCGUACAACAGCACUAGACCAGCAGGAGGAUUGUCUAGAGCGACAUCAACAGCGAGCUCUUCAAAUCAAUACGGGACAAGAAGAACACCGAGUGUAUCCUCUGCCAGAACAGACUCUAUCUAUUGCGCUCAAGCUGGUUUUACACCGCCUCCCCUGUUGGAUAUCUCGCCUACACUUCCACAGCGACGAGCAUCAUGGCGAGAUCGGAACUUGCAAAUGGUCAGAUCACCAACUGGUCAGCCACUGCUGAGUUUGCCUGAGACUUCUAGCUCGCAAUGGAACAAUGCUUAUUCAACACCACUCGGAAGAAGCCAUUCGGUUGCUGUACGGUCUUCAAGUGAUUCUUGGGGAAGUGGAUCGGGUCCAAAUACAACACCUGUGUCCUUGAGAUCAAGUCGCCGUGUUUCUACAGCCACCGCUCCAGCUCGUAGUGAAACAUGGCAUGGGGGUGACCAGGCCGAGCCGAAGCGUCGAGGGACAUUGCGAAGGUGA